AUGGCGUCUCGAUUAACCCUUCUACUCACGCUCAUCUCUCUGCUCCUCUUCGCUCUAUUCUCCACCCCAAUUCUCUCUGCCACAGCAGCUGAUGAUGACGAUGUUGAAGACCUCAGCUUUCUUGAGGAACCCGAAUCUGGCGACGCCGCGCCCGGAAACCACCCCGACUCUGACGAUGAGUUCUCCGAUGACGAAGAUAACGAAUUUGGGAACUACGACGACUUCGAUGCCUCCUCUGACUUCAAUCACCAGGAAGAGGAGGCGGCUGAGGUUGCCGGGAUCGAUGAGACGGACGUCGUCGUUUUGAAGGACAGCAAUUUCAGUGACUUCGUGAGCGAGAACAAGUAUGUGAUGGUGGAGUUCUACGCGCCGUGGUGUGGGCAUUGCCAGUCUCUGGCGCCGGAGUAUGCCGCGGCCGCCACCGAGCUGAAGACCGAGAAUGUGAAGCUCGCCAAGGUGGACGCCACGGAGGAGAACGAGCUGGCGGAGACAUAUGAAGUUCAAGGAUUCCCUACUUUGUAUUUCUUUGUUGAUGGGGAGCACAAACCGUAUUCUGGUCAACGUACCAGGGAGGCUAUUGUGACCUGGAUUAAGAAGAAAAUUGGGCCUGGUAUUACCAACAUAACAACAACAGAGGAUGCAGAGCAUAUAUUAACAUCUCAAGAAAAGGUUGUUUUGGGCUUCUUUGACUCAUUGGUGGGUCCCCACAGCGAAGAGUUUGCUGCUGCAUCGAAGCUUGAUGAUGAUGUCAACUUUUACCAAACUGCAAAUCCCAAUGUGGCAAAGUUGUUUCACUUGAAAGUCGAUGUUAAGCGCCCUGCAUUGGUUUUGCUAAAGAAAGAAGCAGAGAAAGUGACUCAUUUUGAUGGGCAGUUCGAGAAGUCUGUAAUAGCUGAGUUUGUUACUGUUAACAAGCUUCCUCUAGUGACCACAUUCAGCAGAGAAACUGCAUCGUUGAUAUUUGAGAACCCAAUUAAGAAGCAACUUUUGCUCUUUGUCAAAUCGAAUGACUCAAUAGAAGUAUUGCCAACAUUCCAAGAGGCUGCAAAGCAUUUCAAGGGAAAGAUUGUCUUUGUACAUGUGGAAGUUGAUGAUGAAGAAGUCGGAAAACCUGUAGCAGAAUAUUUUGGCAUCAGUGAGGAUGCUCCAAAAGUUUUGGGAUAUGCAGGAAGUGAUGAUGCUAGGAAAUAUUUUCUUGAUGGGGAAAUUACACUUGAAAGCCUUAAGGCAUUUGGGGAUGCUUUUCUGGAAGACAAGCUCAAACCAUUCUAUAAAUCCGAUCCGAUCCCUGAAACAAAUGAUGGAGAUGUGAAGAUUGUCGUGGGGAACAACUUUGAUGAUAUUGUUCUGGAUGAGUCCAACGACGUUCUCCUUGAGAUAUAUGCACCAUGGUGCGGGCAUUGCCAAUCUCUUGAACCAACAUACAACAAGCUCGCCAAGCACUUGCGUUCAGUCAAAUCUCUUGUUAUAGCCAAAAUGGAUGGUACCACAAACGAACACCCAAAGGCUAAGGCUGAUGGGUUCCCCACGAUUCUCUUCUUCCCAGCAGGAAAGAAGAGCCUUGAUCCUAUUACUGUAGAUGCGGAUCGGACAGUGGUUUCAUUGUACAAGUUCCUGAAGAAACAUGCAUCGAUCCCUUUUAAGCUCCAGAAACCAGCUACUUCCACAGUUGAAGAAGUCCACGAGGCCCCGAUUAGUGAUGUGAAGGACGAGCUAUGA